AUGGCCUCAUCAGUCUUUGACAUCAAGGAGCACGUCAUCCCCGGCGAGCACACGCGCGAAUAUGCGCGCGCAAAAGCCAAUUCUCAGGAGGAGACGCUGGUUCUCCAAGUGAAGCAAUAUACCCCCAAAGGCAACGGCGCGCCGCAAAAAGGCGAUUUAAACAUUAUUGGCGCGCACGCCAAUGGCUUUCCCAAAGAAUUGUAUGAACCGUUGUGGGAAGAAUUGGCAAAGAGCCUUGCCAGCAAAGGCGUCCGUAUCGGCUCAAUCUGGAUAGCAGACUGUGCUUGGCAGGGCCAGAGCGGUAUAUUAAACAAAGAUAGGCUCGGCGACGACCCCAGCUGGUUCGACUACUCCAGAGACAUGCUCCAGAUGAUCAACCACUUCCGCAUGCCGCGGCCGCUCCUCGGCAUCGCCCACUCCUUUGGCGCCUGCGCCCUCGUCAACCUCGCCUUGUUCCAUCCGCGCCUCUUUAGCUCCCUCGUCCUCAUUGACCCCGUCAUCAACAUGCACAACCCCGGCGCCAUCCAGGGCUACAUGCAGCCGCCCUCGAUGAGCGCCAAGCGCCGCGACGUCUGGCCCAGCCGCGCCGCCGCCGCCGCCGCCAUUCAAAAGAGCCCCUUUUACCAGAGCUGGGACCCGCGCGUCUUUGACCGCUGGGUUGCGUACGGCCUCACCCAAUGCGCACCGGACAACCCCCAAGUCACCCUCACCACCACCAAGCACCAAGAGGUGUUUACGUUUGCGCGCCCGAGCUACCACGCGGUCACCAGCGACGGCAAGAGCAUCGCGGACAUGGACCUCGUCCCCGAUAUGGAUCUCACCCAUGGCGUGCUGACGCCCAUCUAUCGCCCAGAGCCGAGCCUCGUGUUUAAUCGGCUGCCGCACCUGCGGCCGCAUGUCCUGUGGGUGUUUGGCGGCGACAGCUACAUGUCGUUUGAGGCGAUGCGCGGCGAGAAGCUCAAAGCUACCGGCACCGGCGUUGGUGGCAGCGGCGGUGUUGCGGCCGGGCGCGUGACGCACGUCGUCGGCGAGGGCUGGGGCCAUCUCAUCCCGCUCGAGGCCCCGGCGUUUGUCGCCGAGGCCGCGGCAGAGACCGCGGCAGAGACGGUCAAGCGAUGGCAGGUCGAGGAGCGCGCGUACGAGGCGUGGACGAGGAAGCCGCUGGCGGAAAAGUCGCAGAUACGCCCAGAGUUGCUCGACAUCAUGGCCAAAGCUCUAAAGCCCAAGAUGUAA